AUGCCCGAAACAACGCACUUUGACACUGGUUUCUUGCUUUUAGUUGAAGUAAAUGUUGUGAAAACGGAGGAUCCUAAAUUGCUGGAUAUUCUGGCUGCAAGAAAGGAUCACAGAGGGCUGUCUGGGGAAGUCCUGAUUGAUGGAAUUCCACAACCUUCAAAUUUUAAAUGCAUAUCUGGUUAUGUUGUUCAGGACGAUAUUAUCAUGGGAACGUUGACUGUUAGAGAGAAUUUGCUGUUCUCUGCAGCAUUACGAUUACCUAGUUCAAUCCAGUUCAAGGAGAAAGAAGAAAGGGUGAAUCAAAUCAUCUCUGAACUUGGACUAACCAAGGUGUCUGACAGCAAGGUUGGUACAGAAUUGAUUCGAGGUGUGUCUGGUGGGGAAAAGAAGAGAACGCAUAUUGGUAUGGAGCUCAUAACAGAUCCUCCGGUUUUGUUUCUGGAUGAACCCACAACAGGUUUGGAUUCCAACACUGCAAAGUCUGUGCUGACACUAUUGAAAAGACUUUCAAGAUGUGGUAGAACAAUAAUAUUCUCUAUACACCAGCCUCAAUACUUUAUAUUUAAGCUUUUUGACAGCCUGACGCUCCUAGUGAAUGGAAGAAUGGUGUAUCAUGGUCCAGCCAAAACUGCAUUACAAUACUUUUCAUCUAUAGGCUAUGAGUGCGAGACCUUCAACAACCCAGCAGAUUUCUUUUUAGAUAUUAUUACUGGAGACUCCACUCCAGUUAUUACUAAUAAUGAAGGAAAUCAACAGGUCGCAGUAGCUUUGAACAAUGAAAGCUCAGAUUACGUGGACGUGGAACAAGAAAAAACUUUUGCAGAGAAGCUGGCUGAAUCCUAUGUGAAAUCAAGCCAAUAUCAAGAGACAGUGGAAAUGCUUAAGAAAUUAAAAGGAAACAGGGAUGGUAGGGGAAUGAAAGAAAUACAAAUGCAAUCAGUUACAUAUAGAACAACCUUCUUACAUCAACUCUUCUGGGUCAGUAACCGGAUAUUUAAGAAUUUUAUCCGAAAUCCCCAGUCAUCUGUUGCUGAGGUUUUUCUUAAUAGUCUUCUGGGAUUGUUUCUUGGUGCAAUCUAUUUUGGAAUAAAACUUGAUUCAAGUGGAAUACAAAACAGGGUUGGUUCUUUCCAUUUUCUUGCUUCCUACGAGUGCUUUAGCAGUGUGUCUGCCGUGGUAUUGUUCAUCCGAGACAGGAAAAUCUUCAUUCAUGAAUACAUCAGUGGAUAUUACAGGAUUUCAGCAUACUUCUUAGCAACAAUAAUAGGGGAUCUAUUACCCAUACGAACUCUGCCUGCCAUUGUAUUUUCAUGCAUAACCUAUUGGAUGGUUGGUUAUCAGAGGAUUCUUGGCAAUUUCUUCUUCUUCAUGCUUAUUCUGUUACUGACAUCAUAUGCAGCUACAUCCCUGGCCAUGGCCGUUGGUGCUGGAUUAGAUACAAUGGCUACUGCAGGCGUGAUAAUCAAUGGCAUUUUCGUUUUUGCAAUGACCUUUUCUGGCCUUCUUGUGAACUUGCCAAGUAUUUCAAACGGGCUGAACUGGCUUCAAUACUUAAGUAUCCCUAGGUACAGCUUUGCGGCACUGCAGGUGAAUGAAUUCAGAAAUCUGUAUUUCUGUAAUGAUAAACAAAGGAAUGACACAACAUUAUCACAAGCAGUAGCCAAUUGCUCAGGGAGCAUGUCACCAAGUAAAGGAAUAUGUUAUGGUGAAGAGUACUUGUGUGGGCAAGGAAGCGGAUUUGAUUUGUGGGCCAUAUGGGAGAACAUUAUUGUACUUGCCUGCAUGACAAUAAUCUUUCUGACUAUAACAUAUGCUAAUCUUAGAUUUAUGAGAAAAUUUACAUAAUGCUUCCAAAAAAGAGACAUUCAUAUGUUAUACUAAAGAUCUGCAAGAGCUGUUUAUUUCACUGUUGCAUUGCAUAAUUAUAACUGGGACAAGGUGUCAUCUUGGCUCACGAGUAGCACUCUCACUUGUGAGUCUGAAGAUUGUGUUAAAGACCCGUUCCUGAGACUUCAGCACAUAAUCUAGGCUGACAGUUCAGUGCAAUACUGAGGGGAUGCGUCAGAGGUGUUGCCUUUCAGAUGAAAUACUCGUUUGAUGCCCGAACUUCCCUCUCAAAUGGAUGUGAAAGUUCCCCUGGCACUAUUUGAAGAAGAACAAAGGAGUUGACCUAGCCAACAUUUCUCUUUAGCCAAUAUAAACAGAAAGGGAUUAUCUAAUCAUUUAUUUCAUUUCUGUUUGUGGGUCCUUGUUUUGCAGAGUUUGUUUGCAAUUUCCCUAUUUUACAUCCGUGACAUCACUUUCAUUGGCUGUACAACGCUUUGCGAUGUCAUGAAAGGUCCUUUAUACAUGCAAGUUUUAUUCCUUAUUUAUCUUUCUCAAAGUGAAGAAAAAUACAAAAGAUUUUAGUGUUUUUGUCUAUUGCAUUUUUAUAUCUGUGAUGGAAGGUUGUGAGUAACAUUGUAUUAGAAACGUUAAAAUUGGAAGAAAAUGUAUUCUGUAACUAAUGAUGAAAGCUGUACUUUUGCAUGAGCACUUUAAUGGGU